CAGAAGUUGAGCAAACACCUCCUCCCUCCCAGCUCCCAUCCCAAUUCCUGCUGAGAAGGGCCUAACCUCCUGAGACCAGGGAGCUGGGAGACGGUGGGGACCGGUGGGCGCCACAGAGGACGAGUCACCAGGUUUCAAGAUGCUGCGCGUACAUAGGACCAAACUGGGCAGGCUGGGGCUCAGCCUCUCCAGAGGGCUUCACCACAAGCCGGUGAUGGCCGUGAGGCGGGAGGAUGUGAACGCCUGGGAGAGGAGGGCACCUCUGGCUCCCCGGCACAUCAAAGGGAUCACCAACCUGGGUUACAAGGUCUUAAUACAGCCUUCCAAUCGGCGGGCCAUUCACGACAAGGAAUAUGUCAAGGCUGGUGGCAUCCUUCAGGAGGAUAUUUCUGAAGCUUGUCUAAUUUUGGGAGUUAAAAGACCCGCAGAGGAUAAAUUAAUGUCCAAGAAGACUUAUGCAUUCUUCUCCCACACAAUAAAAGCUCAGGAGGCCAAUAUGGGCUUAUUGGAUGAGAGUCUAAGACAGGGAAUCAGACUUAUUGAUUAUGAGAAAAUGGUGGAUCAUAGAGGAACUCGGGUCGUGGCAUUUGGACAAUGGGCCGGUGUGGCAGGGAUGAUCAACAUUUUACACGGAAUGGGUUUAAGGCUCCUUGCUUUGGGACAUCACACACCUUUUAUGCACAUUGGCAUGGCUCAUAACUAUAGGAACAGCAGUCAGGCUGUGCAAGCUGUCCGCGAUGCUGGCUAUGAAAUAUCUCUGGGUUUGAUGCCCAAGUCGAUAGGGCCCUUAACAUUUGUGUUCACAGGGACUGGUAAUGUAUCUAAGGGAGCCCAAGAAAUCUUUAAUGAACUACCCUGUGAAUAUGUGGAACCGCAUGAAUUAAAAGAAGUUUCCCAAACUGGAGACCUGAGGAAAGUGUAUGGAACGGUGUUAAGUCGCCAUCAUCAUCUUGUCAGGAAAACAGAUGGUGUAUAUGAUCCUGUAGAAUACGACAAAUAUCCUGAGCGCUACAGAAGUCGUUUUAACACUGAUGUUGCACCCUAUACAACUUGUCUGAUUAAUGGGAUCUACUGGGAACAAAACACCCCUCGUCUACUAACUCGCCAAGAUGUUCAGAUUCUCCUGGCUCCAGGCAAGGCUUCACCUGUUGGUGUGGAAGGCUGCCCUGCGUUGCCACACAAACUUGUAGCAAUAUGUGACAUUUCAGCAGACACUGGAGGAUCUAUAGAGUUUAUGACUGAGUGCACAACAAUAGAGCAUCCCUUCUGCAUGUAUGAUGCAGACCAGCAUAUCACUCAUGACAGUGUCGAAGGCUCUGGGAUUCUGAUGUGUUCCAUUGACAAUUUGCCAGCACAGCUUCCAAUUGAAGCUACAGAGUACUUUGGGGACAUGCUCUAUCCUUAUGUUGAAGAAAUGAUAUUAUCAGAUGCAACACAACCUCUUGAAAGUCAGAAUUUUUCUCCCGUGGUACGAGAUGCAGUGAUUACAUCCAACGGUACAUUGCCUGAUAAGUUUAAAUAUAUCCAGAAACUCCGAGAGAGCAGAGAACGUUCUCAGUCGCUGUCAAUGGCCACCAAGAAAAAGGUUUUGGUCCUUGGAACUGGUUAUGUCUCUGAGCCUGUUUUGGAAUACCUGUCACGAGACCAUGAUAUAGAAAUAACCGUAGGCUCUGACCUAAAGAGUCAAAUUGAACAUUUAGGCAAGAAAUAUAAUAUUAAUCCUGUUGUCCUGGACAUUAGUAAACAAGAAGAGAAGUUGGGCUCCUUGGUGGCAACCCAGAAUCUUGUCAUCAGCUUGCUGCCUUAUGUAUUGCAUCCUCUUGUGGCGAAAGCAUGCAUCACAAGCAAAGUUAACAUGGUCACAGCGAGCUACAUCACACCAGCGCUAAAGGAAUUAGAAAAGAGUGUGGAAGAUGCUGGCAUCACUGUCAUCGGUGAACUGGGACUGGACCCGGGUCUUGAUCAUAUGCUGGCAAUGGAAACAAUAGAUAGAGCCAAAGAAGUGGGAGCCACGAUUGAAUCUUACAUUUCCUACUGUGGUGGGCUCCCAGCCCCUGAACAUUCAGACAACCCUUUGAGAUACAAGUUCAGCUGGAGUCCAGUGGGAGUUCUGAUGAACAUAAUGCAGCCCGCCACCUACCUGCUCAAUGGAAAGGUGGUGAAUGUUGCCGGGGGCAUCUCCUUUCUUGAUGCGGUCACUCCCAUGGAUUAUUACCCUGGAUUAAAUUUGGAAGGCUAUCCCAACAGAGACAGUACAAAAUACGCUGAGGUUUACGGCAUUCAGUCUGCUCACACUUUGUUGCGGGGGACACUGAGAUAUAAGGGAUAUGCCAAAGCCUUGAAUGGAUUAGUGAAGUUGGGUCUUAUAAACAGAGAUGCAUUUCCUGCCCUUCGACCUGAGGCCAAGCCUCUCACCUGGAAAGAGCUCCUUUGUGAUCUAGUUGGAAUUUCACCAUCCUCCAAGCAUGAUGUGCUUAGGGAAGCUGUCCUUAAGAAACUAGGAGGAGAUAGUACUCAGCUGGAGGCUGCUGAACGGUUGGGAUUACUUGGGGAUGAACAAGUCCCUCGGGCAGAGUCUGUGGUGGAUGCCCUUUCCAAGCAUUUGGCUAUGAAACUCUCCUAUGGUCCUGGAGAGAAAGAUAUGAUUGUGAUGAGAGACAGUUUUGGAAUCAGACAUCCUUCUGGACAUUUAGAAAAUAAGACUAUUGAUCUUGUGGUUUAUGGAGAUGUGAAUGGCUUUUCAGCUAUGGCUAAAACUGUGGGGUUACCUACUGCUAUGGCAGCCAAAAUGUUGCUUGAUGGUGAAAUUCAAGCUAAAGGCCUGAUUGGACCUUUUUCAAAGCAGAUCUAUGGACCAAUACUGGAGCGAAUUAAAGCAGAAGGCAUUAUUUAUACAACACAGAGCACAGUCAAAUCUUAAUUAAGAAUUAUAUUUUGUUUUUAUCUUCCUAUACAACACAGUUAUGAACACUUGUGCCACAAAUAUAUUUGCUACAGUGCUAUUUUAAAAUAUAAAACAUGUGUUUUGAUUAAGUCACUACAAUGUGUUUUAAAAGAUAAAUCUUUUUUUCAUGUGAAAAUAUUUGGAACAGAACAUGCCAGUAAUUACCAGAGAACUUUAAUGUUCUAUAAUGUAUUUUUUCAUGUUUAUGUAAGAAUGAUAAUGACUGUGCUAUUUGUUAAUUUAUUGUGCAACUGUUUUCCUACAAGAAUAUAUUUUAUUAUACUCAGCAGAUGAAGUUUCAUCUUUUUAGAUGGGAAAUAUUUCCUCAACACCACAGAAAUAGAAAGGAUCAUCAGAGACUCCUACAAUCAUAUGCCAACAAAUUGAAAAACCUAAAGGAAAUGGAUAAAUAUUUAGAACCAUCCACCCAAGACUGAAUAAUGAAGAAAUAGAAAAUCUGAAUAGACUUGAUUUCAAGUAAUACAAUUGAAUCAGUCAUUUCCCAAAGACAAAGUCCAGGAUCAUAUGGCUUUCCUGGUGAAUUCUGUCAAUAAUCUAAGAGUCAACACCUAUCUUUCUCAAAUUAUUCCAAAAAAUUAGAGAGGAAGGAAUACUUCCAAACUCAUAGGACUAGACUGACAGUCCAGAAAUAACCCUCACAUUUAUAGUUAACUGAUCUUUGAAAAGGGUGCUAAUACAAUUUGCUGGAUGAAAUUAGUCUUUUCAUCAAAGGGUGCUGGGACAACUGAAUAUUCAUAUGUAGAGGACUGAAGUGGGCCUUUAUCUCAUAGCACAUACAAAAAUUAAAGUGGACCAAAGGCUUAAAAAUAUAAGAGCAAACACUAUAAACUUUUAGGAAAAAUUAGAAGUGUAAAAGUUUAUGACCUUGGUUUUAUGGCAAUGGUUUCUUAAGUAAAUGACAAUAAAAGCACAAGCAACAAAAGAAAAAAAUAGAUAAAUUGGACAUCAAUGGAAUUAAAAACUCUUGUGCUUCCAAGUAUACCAUCAAAUAAGCAAAUAGACAAUCCACAGAAUGAGAGAAAAUUUUGCAAAUCGUAUAUAAAGAAAGGGAAGAACUUGUAUUUAGAAUACAGAAACAACUACUAUAAUAAAAAGAGAAAGAUCCUAAUGUAAAAAAAUUAACAAAGGAUCUAAAUUGACAGUUCUCCAAAGAAGAUAAACAAAAAGCCAGUAAGUGCAUAAAAUGAUGCUCAACAUUAUUAGCUGUCUGAGAAAUGCAAAUCAAACUCAUAAUGAGAUAGUACUUCAUACUCAUCAGGAUAGUUAUAAUAAAAAAAAACAAAAACAGUGCUGCUGAGGAUGUAAAGAAAUUGGAACUUUCAUAAACUGCUGUGGGAAUGUAAAAUGGUACAGCUGUUUGGGAAAAUGGUUUAGCAAGAAGGCUAAACAUAGUUACCAUAUCUAUCCAGCCACUGUUAGGUAUAUACCCAAGAGAAAUGAAAACAUGUGUUUUUAUGUAAAAACUUGUAAGCAAAUGUUUAUAGCAUAUUCAUUCUAGCCGAAAAUGAAAACAAGCCAAAUGUUGGUCAACUACUAAAUCCAUAAACAAAAUUUGACAUAUACAUACAAUGGAAUAUUAUUUGGCAAUAAAAAUGUACUGAAUAAUAUAGGCCACAACAUAGAUGAACCUUGAAAACAUUAUGCUAAGUGAAAGAAGCCAUAUAUAUUAUUUCAUUUACAUAAAAUGUCCAGAAUAGUCAAAUCUAUGUAGAGAAAUUAGAUUAACAGUGGUUUAGGACUUCAGGUUCACGGGAUGAGUUGGAGUGACGGCCAGUGGGUUUAGGUUCUGUUUUGGGGUGAUGGAAAUAGUGUGCAGUUGGUUGUGAUAAUGGUGGCAUCUCUGAAUAUACUAAAAAAAAUCACUGAGUUGUAUACUUUGAAUGUGUGAAUUGUAUGGGGGUGUGAAUUAAAUCUCAAGUUGUACAAAAGAGAAUCAAUUACAAAUAAAAUUUUUUGGCUCCUUGGGAAAAAUA